AUGAUUUCUAAGUGGAUUUUAUUGUUUGCAAUCGUGUUGGUACCGAACAUCGAACCUGUUAAAGGUCUGGCUGAAGUCAUGAGUCAUGUCACUGCGCAUUUCGGACAAGCCUUAGACGAGUGUCGGGAAGAGUCAGGAUUAACUUCGGAGAUCUUGGAGAGUUUCCAAAAGUUCUGGAGCGACGAUUUCGAAGUGGUACAUAGAGAACUGGGCUGUGCGCUGAUUUGCAUGUCCAAUAAAUUCAUAUUGAUGCAGGAUGACGCCAGGAUGCAUCACGAGAACAUGCACGAUUACGUCAAGAGUUUUCCCAAUGGUGAUCUAUUGUCGGGUACAAUGGUAAAUUUACUACACAACUGUGAGAAACAGUUUGACGACAUCGAAGACGACUGCAGUCGAGUCGUGAAGGUGGCAGCUUGCUUUAAAGUUGAUGCUAAGAAGGAAGGUAUUGCACCAGAAGUCAGUAUGAUCGAGGCGCUGAUCCACUCAAACGCUUUAACUUCAGAUAUAGUUAACUUCUGGAAUGAGAGCCACAGUUUGGACCAUGUAGGCUUCGGGUGUUUGGUUUUUUGCUCUAUGGUCGCCUUGGACCUUGUUGGAAGCCAUGGUGAACUGGUCAUUGACAACGCUGAAGGGUUUUUAGCAGCCAAGGGCGCUGAUGAUGAAAUGACGAAAGCCAUCUUAGAUAUAUCUGAUACCUGCGCUGGGGCUGUUACUCAUACUGACCACUGCAUUGCUGCUAUGGAACUUGCGGACUGCUUUCGACAAGGGAUCUGGAAAACGGGCUGGUCUCCUGAUAUACAACCGCUUCUAAAUAUGAGAAGGAGAGCUUGUUAA